CUGGAAUUGUAAAGCUUUAACAUGGCUGCAGUAGUUCGCUGUGAACUUUCCUCCAGACUAAAACCUGGUUUUCUCCAGCCUUAUUAUAAACAUGGUGUCUCCCGGAUUUUGUGCACGUCUGCCUCAAACCACAGAUCUCCAAGUGUGAUGCCUCUCGGUGACGGGCCCUUGAAGACCGUAACAACUCACCAUCUCAGGAAGGGCAUCACCUUCUAUUCAAAUGAGAGUACAGUGACCCCUGCAGUCAGUAGCCAGGUGAAGCCGCUGCUGUUGUUGCUGCCGUGGCUUGGCUCGAGGCCUCAGGCUCAGGCCAAGUACUGCGAGAUCUACUUUAGAAGAGGUUUUGACGUGCUGGUGGUGGAGAGCAAGGUGGCUCAUUUCCUGUGGCCUCGCUGGGGUCUGGAGCACAGUGCGGAAGUGCUGCAGCUGCUGGAGAGCAAGCGCUUCUCAAAUCGGCCUCUGCUGGUCCAUGCCUUCUCCAUCGGAGGAUACACAUUCGCUCAGCUGCUCGUUCACGUAGCCAAAAACAGUCAGCGGUAUCAUGGCCUGAUUGAACGAGUCAGAGGACAGAUCUACGAUAGCCUGGUUAUCGGCUCACUGGAGCACAUGGCUGUAGGUGUAAGUAAGCACUUGUUCCCUCGUUUGGAGCCCGUGGUGAAGCGCACCAGCCUCCUUUACUUCCAAGUGUUCAAACGUCAGACGGUGGACUACUUCAACAAGAGCAUCGAGGUGUUCUGGAACACACCUCUGACCUCACCUGCGCUUUACUACUUCUGUUGCAACGAUGCCCUGUGUGACCCUGAGACCAUACAAGAGCUGCUGGAGCACUGGAAAAAGCAGGGGAUCACCGUGACCAGUAAGAAGUGGAAGGAGUCUAUCCAUGCUGGGCAUCUACGUGCCCAUCCCCAGGAAUACCUCUCCACCUUGGAACACUUCCUCUGUUCUAUCAACAUGGUACCUCUAAAAGCCAAAAUGUGAAUAUUUGGUAGGAAGGACACAGUAAUUGAUCACUAUAACGCACAAUACAAUAACUGUUUUCACAUUGUCGCAUCAUUUUAAGGGGAAUUUCUUUUUCAGAGUCAUAAACAAAUGGCUUUGUGGAAAAGCAGCAUUUUAAUAUCACUGAUAUUGAGCUGUUUCUUUUUCCCCCUGAAAUGUUUAAAUGUUAUUUGAAGUUGCCUUUACUUUAUAACAAAGAAUAUAUAGUACACUAACCCAGUGUAAUAUUUUAUUGAUAAAUGUUUGUAUUUGUCUGUCCAUUGUUUGACAUAUAGUCUUUUAGCUCGGUGUUAAUAUACUGUACCAGCUUUGUUGUAUAGCUUGAUAGCACUAUCAGGUCCUGACCUGUUUACACUAUCAUUUAUAUAUAUGUAUAUGUAUAUGUAUGUAUAUAUAAUCAAUAGUGUCCACAAAUGUAGAUGAUGAUACAGUUCUGAACUUAUAUACUCACCAUUACAGAGGUAUUUUUCAGUUUUAGGGUUUGAUUUAGACUGGCCUCUUUGUCUGCUCACUUUAAUUGAGCAAUAUCUAGUAAAAUAUAAACUACCUGUACAGUGUCCUGCAUUAUAGUGCAUUCAUGUCUCAUGAAGGAAUUAUAGUAAUUAAAAGGUUUUGACUUGUAAAAA